GAUCUAACUAGUAACUUAGGCUGGUAGUUGAUUUUAAGGCACAGUUAUGAUAAUGGGGAUUUGUAAUUAAGAUUGAGAUUGGACUAAAAUGUGGGUAAUUGGAUGCCUAGAGGUAAACAUAGACUGUCUUGUUUUUGCAUAGGGUCAGUUAAACAUCAAAAGAAAGGGAGAGAUAUCAGACUGUUACAAAAGGACCCAAUGGUAGGCCAGGCCAAUACUUUAAACUACACAUUUUAGUUAGCAGCUGUUAGUAUCUAAUCUUGUGGAUCCCUUAAUUAUACAUUUCCAUAGAGAUAUGACACAUUAUUUAAUGUAUAUUUCAGACAUGUCAAGAUCCAGAGAAGAGGGUCCUGUACAGCCGUGUUUGAAAACAUUUCCCAGAACUCAGCAUGGUACUAGGAAAAAGGUUUUCAACAGCUCCUGGUAUAAGGACAAUUCAUGGCUUGAAUAUUCUGUAAAUCAAGAUUAAACGUAUUCUUUCGCCUGUAGUCAUUUUUCUCUGCCCAGUACACCUGAAUCUGCCUUCACAUCACAGUCAGGGUUUUGUAACUGGAAAAAGGCGCUGCUUAAAGAUUCUGGGUUUAAGCUCCAUUCGAAGGCAGAGCAUCAUAUCAAUGCUAUUUACGUAUGCUUGGAAUCAGCAUAAAAUGGCUAUUGACAGCAACUUAUCAAUGUUAUAUUUCAUAAAUGAGGACUGGAAAAAGAAAGUGGAAGAAUACUGUACUUACAUUAAAACAAUUGCAGAUGUGCUCCUAUUAACUGCCACUCAAAAUAUAACGCAGAGAGGUCAUCGAGAGUCUGAUGACUCUCACAACAAGGAGUUGGAAGUAUCGACAAUUCAAGACCUCUACAGGAGGUUCAUCAAUGAGUGCCCCAGCGGUUCGUUGCACUUGCACGAGUUCAAAAGGAUGUUUGGGGUUCAAAACGAUAAUUCGCCAGAAUCGCAAUACAUGGAGGGCAUAUUCAGUGCGUUUGAUAUGAAUGGGGACAACACCAUGGAGUUUAUAGAGUAUGUUGCUGCGCUAAACCUUGUGCUUCGAGGACGGCUCGAGGAUAAACUCAAGUGGUCUUUCAAGGUGUUUGACAACGAUGACAAUGGGCGACUGGACAGGCACGAGCUGAGAAUAAUUAUAAGGAUCAUCUACAAGAUAAAGAAAGGUUCUGUCAGUGACGAGGCAGGCCAAAUCCACCUUACACCUGAAGAGGUUUGUGACCGUAUCUUCCAGAAAGUUGACGAGAAUGGUGACGGUCAGAUAACUCUGGAGGAGUUUGUGGAGGGGGCAAAGAGAGACCCCUGGGUACAAAAACUCAUACGCCUGGAUAUCAACCCCAGUUACUGGGUCCACCAGCACCUGAGUGACAGAAAACUCCAGAGUCCAAAACAAUGAACUAAAAUGUCAGACAGGGAGGAAGAGGACAUUGGUUCUCUCUAUUAAAGAGGAUCCGAACCAAAACAACAACUUCUCUGGUUGAAAACGGCCUGUAUUCAUUAUCAUCGACUCUACUCCCAUAAUAGGAUAACAAUAGGAUGAUCAUAAAGUCAGUAUCUCUCAAAACGGGGA